AUGGGUAGACCAGAAAAGAGGAGAAAAAUCAAGAACCUGUUAUUUGACAGAAAUAUUGAUAUGGUUUUGAUUCAAGAAACAAAAAGGCCAAGUUUGUCCAAUCCGGUGAUUAGGAGUUUGUGGCCAAGGGAAAAGAUGGAAUUCAUGGCUGUGGAUGCAAUGGGUGUGGCAGGUGGAUUAUUAUGCAUAUGGGAUCCUGAGAUAUUUCAACUUUCCGAGUGCUGUAGCAGUCGAAAUUUUAUUCUGCUAUCAGGUACCAUUCUGCACUCCUUCAAUUGUGUUGUAAUUAAUGUAUAUGCUCCAAAUGAUGUUAUGAAGAGAGGGAAAGUAUGGGAAUCCCUUUUAAAGUUGAAGACCUGUUUUCCAAAACCUUGGUGUCUUGGGGGUGAUUUCAAUGAGAUCACAAGUCUGAGGGAGAGAAUAGGUAAUUCAAGGAGAGACAGAGGUAUGAAGGAGUUUAAAGAAUUCAUAGAUAGUUGUGAGGUGGCUGAUAUGCAAAUGAUAGGGAGAAAAUUUACUUGGUGUAAUGCCCAAGAUGGAAACAAAUGGAGUAGAAUAGACAGAUUCCUCCUUAGCCCUGAGUGGUUGGAGAGAUACAAAUUCAAACUGUGGGGACUGCCAAGGUUGGUCUCAGAUCACUGCCCCAUAGUACUCAAGAAGAUGAGAGGGAUUGGGGCCCCACAUCCUUUAAAUUCUUGA